UAACUAUUUGUAAUUUCAUAUAGUUUUUCUGGAAAAGAGGAAUUAAAUGGGUUUGAUUAAACCCGUGAAAGAGAAGCUUCUCUUGUUCAGGAAUAUGAAAGUAUAACCUUACCUGAGAAAGAAGGCUAGAAGAAGAGAGAGAAAAAGGAGGAAUGGCUCUUCUCCAGGGGCGGUUGACCUUCAGGGACGUGGCCAUAGAGUUCUCUCAGGAGGAGUGGGAGUGCCUGGACCCCGCUCAGAGGGCCUUGUACAGGGACGUGAUGCUGGAGAACUACAGGAACCUGGUCUCCCUGGGUGAGGAUAACUUCCCUCCCGAAGUCGGAAGCCCUUCAGCUGGAUUUGUAAUCAAGGAAUUAUCACCAAUAGAGGACAUUAAUAAAGGAGAAUUGUGCCACCUGGUAAUACUGGAGAGAAAUGAAAGUCAUGACAUCCAGGAUUUUGAUCUCAAGGAAGUCUGGGAAAAUAUGCAUGAGUUAGAGACUCAGUGGGAGUAUGAUGCAAGAAAUUAUAAAGAAGUGCCUUUGACCCAUGACAAAAAUCUCACUUGUGGAAAAGACUGGCAACUUAAUCAGUCCUCAGUUACUCUUCCUGAAAAGCAGAGUGUUUCUGUAAGAAAUAAUACGUACCAGUAUUUCAUGCAUGAGGAGCCAUUUAUGAGGAAUUCGUUAAAACUGGGCGGUAACAGAAGUGGUUCUGGAAACCAGUACAUAAACUGCGUGGAAAAUAGAACUGGAUUAAGUUUGCAGGCACAUCUGGCUGAACUCCAGAGAUUUCACAGUGAGGAGGAAAUGUAUGAAUGUAGUAAUCCAAUUGAGAAGUCUGUCAGCAAUGGUUCCUCGGUCUCACCACUUCAAGGAAUUCCUCCCAGUACCAAAAACAUUUGGAAUAAAUCUAGGAAGAUUUUUAAAUAUCCUUUGUUACCUGCACAAGACAGAAGAGCAUACACUAGAGGAAAAUCUUACAAAUGUAAUGACUGUGGGAAGGCUUUUAGCAAAAGCUCAAACCUCAUGAGUCAUGAGAGAAUUCAUUCUGGACAGAGACCUUACAAAUGUAAUGACUGUGGCAAAGCCUUUAUGGAGUGCUCACAUCUGACUCGACAUAAGAAAAUCCAUACUGGAGAGAAACCUUACAAAUGUAAUGAAUGUAGCAAAGCCUUUGCUGAGCGUUCAGGCCUUACUCAACAUGAGAAAAUCCAUACUGGAGAGAAACCUUACAAAUGUAAUGAGUGUGGCAAAACUUUUAAGCAGUGCUCCCACCUCAUUAGACAUCAGGAUACACAUCCUGGAGAGAAACCAUACAAAUGUGAUGUAUGUGGCAAGGCUUUUAUCCAAAGCUAUAACCUUAUAGAACAUCAGAGGAUCCAUACAGGAGAAAAACCAUAUAAAUGUAGAAAAUGUCAUAAGGCUUUUAGCAGACGUUCAAACCUCUGGGGUCAUGAAAGAACUCAUACUGGAGAGAAACCUUACAAAUGUAAUGAAUGUGGCAAAGCUUUUACCAAAUUUUCAAAUCUUACUACACAUCAGAAAAUACACACUGGAGAGAAACCAUACAAAUGUAAUGUGUGUGACAAGGCUUUUAUCCAAAGUUCAAACCUUACUGACCAUCAGAGAAUUCAUACAGGUGAAAAACCUUAUAAAUGUAAUAAAUGUGAUAAGUCUUUUAUCAAACGUUCACAUCUUUCGGGUCACGAGAGAACUCAUACUGGAGAGAAACCGUUCAAAUGCACUGAGUGUGGAAAAGCCUUUACGGAACGUUCACAUCUUACUCAGCAUAAGAAAAUCCAUACUGGAGAGAAACCUUAUAGAUGUAAUGAAUGUGGCAAAGCUUUUACCCAAUUUGCAAACCUUACUAGGCAUCAGAAAAUACAUAGUGAAAAGAAACAGCAUAAACCUAAUAUGUGUGGCAGUGCUUUUAUUCAAAGCUCAAGCUUUGGGGAUCAUCAAAGAACUCAUAGGAGAAAGAAACCUUGCAAAUAAAAUGAGCAAGGCUUACUCAACGGCAGAGAUUCCAUCAUGGAGAGGAACCAUAUGAAACUACCAUGUGGCAAAGCUUGUAACCAUGGCUCACACCUCCCCUGAUAUCAGAAUAUAAAUCUCUAAAAGAAAGCACACAAAUGGAUUGUAUGGCAAGGCUUAUCCAAAGCUUAUUAUGUCUUGUGAAUGUAAUUUUUACUAGAGGGAAACCUUACAAAUGUAAUGAGUAUGAUCAGGUUUAUAAAAAAAUGUACAGAUUGGGGAGGGGGGUAAAAUAGGUGGAUGGGAUUAAGAGGUACAGACUUCCAGUGAUUAAAAAAAACCCAAAAUGUACAACUUUGUGGUUUGUGGUCUUGAAAGAAUUCACAUAACAUGGAAACCAUACAAAUAUGUCAAAGUGUUUACCUUAGGAAACACCAAAGAAUUCAUACUGGACAGAAACAUUACAUGUGUAAUGAAGGUGAUUGUUUGUUUAGCCAGUGGACUACAAUAAGAAAAUUCACACUAGGGGGAAGUAGGUCUAUUUGGAGGAUCAACCAAUCUUAGGUGUUAAAUUCCAUAGAAAUUUAAACUCAGGAGAUGAUGUGAGUCAAUGGAACAAGUGUAUCUGUGGAAAGACUUAAACAUCUUCUGUUUAAAUCUUUUCUAAAGAUUUUAUUUUCCCCUCUACACCCAUCAUGGGGCUCAAACUCAAAACCCUAAGAUCAAGAGUCACAUGCUCUUCCAGCUGAGCCAGCAAUGCACCCCUAUAGGUUUUUUUUUUUUUUUUUUAAUUAUUUGAGGUUUCUUGAGGCUUCAUUAUUGAUGACUUUAUAACCUCAAGUUUGGAAUCCAAUGAUGUUAUACUUUCAUUACAUGCAUUUCAUUUGCCAACCAUGGUGGUUUCAGAGAAAGCAUCAGUAAGGUUAAAGGAACUUAUUUCAUUAGGUGGGGCUUAGUCAUAUGUGUAUACCCUGGAAAAACUAGGAUGCUAAUUUUAAGAUACAGUAUAGUAUAAAUCUGAGAGCAUGGGGAGUGGUAGGGAAUAGAUCUAAAACUAUUACCCUAAUUGUCAUGUUUUCUGUGGUCAUAGGCACUUCUCUGGAUCUGUUGGUAUCAUUGAGAGCCUUUGUUGGUUAAUACAGGAAAUGAAUACUCUAUCAGAAAGAUGAUCAUGAAACAGUAGUUCGUUACAUUGAGAGAAUGAGAUUUUUAUGUGAGAAUGAUGGGUUACUGGGGAUGAUAUACGUGGUAGAGAAAAUGGAGGGUAAUGAUGGUCUCUCCCUCUUUGAAAGGUAAUAGUUAUAUAUCAUGGAUGAAUAAAAAUUACUCUUAUUUUUGGAAACUGAAAAGUUAUAGAGGACAUUUUAAUCAGAAGAACCAAGGUAUGGGUGACUGGGUGGCUCAGUGUGUUGAGUGUCUGGCUUGAUUUUGGCUCAGGGUCAUGUGAUCAACCUCUCUGUUGGGCUCUCUGCUGAGCAUGGAGCCUUAGGAUUCUCUCUCUCUCUUUGCCCCUCUUGCCUACUUGUGCUCUAAAAACAAAACAAAAACAAACCCAAAAGUAGUAUGCUUGUGAAGGAUUCAAAUUUGACUACUGAAAUUGCAUUUUGAUACUAUUUGAUUUAGGAUACCCUAUUUCUCAUAUCUAAGUAACUAAAAUGUAAGCUUUUGUAUAACCCUAAGUGAAUCAUGUGACUGUUAUUAGCCCAUGUGCAUCCCACCUCCUUGGGGCAUUUCAUAAUGAACACUAAUAAUACAUCCUUUGGCUCUGUAGGUUGAAUAUCAUCCAUAACAAUUUUUUUCCAUGUUAGAUUCAGAUGUGCAGUUCAGGAAAUAUAUAUUCAUAAGUUGAAUUUGAGAGUUCAAAUUCAUAGUAUAUCUCAGUAUAUCUCAAAGUUCAUAGUAUAUGUCAGAUUAUUUUUGUUGCUGUAAUGAAAAUAACCAUAGUGCAAUUUCAAACUCUCACCCUCUAAAACCUGCCUCCCCAUUCAUGAAUAUACUCCAUAUGAUGAUAUUUAUGCAUACCUUUUAUGCUAAAAUGAGACUAGUGUGUUGCACCGUUACAUUAAAUGAAAACAAAAAGUAGGCAUAUGAAAAGUAUUGGGAAGUAAAAGAAAAUUUCAGAAGUAAGGAUAAAGAUACUAUAAGAAGACAGAAAAAGUUAAGAAGAUACUGUAAGAAGUAAGGCUAAAGGUAACACAACAUUUUGUGCCGGUGUGCUCAGGGAAAUAAUUUGAAAAGGUAAACGUUCAUGAAUUUACUCUCAAGAGUGAACAUACACAAUGGGAAUCUUUUUUGAUAAUGAGAAGUCUCACAUAUUUACCCUCUAAAACAUUUUUUGCUCAUUUGCACUUGUGCUUACUUCACUGGAACAGGAUGUUUGGAUGUCAAGAAUGAUGACUCUGUUCACUCAAGUGUUCAGAGAAUAUUUGUUACAUAAAGAUGCUUUCUCAGGAGAGCAGGGUAGACUUCUCAAGUUCUGAAAAUGGCUAGAGAAAGCAGGGAACGGUGGCUACUUUGUUAUGAUGCAUACUGUGCGGGGCCGGGGUGAUGGUACUCAUUUACACUGUGAAUUUAUAACUACGGCCAAGGGAAGGACCUCUCAGGAGUCAUUAUUAGCUUUUCCUGUCCAGAUGGGCAGAAUAGUAAGAGGUUGUAAUGACGCUUCACAGGUAUCAUUAGUUGGGCAUCAAAAGUAGAGUCAGACUCUUUAGUAUAAAACUGAAUGUUUCUUCUAACUGACUUUGUUGGGAAAGACCACAAUCUUCCUCAUGCUAACUACUGCCUUCUCUUUCCUGAUGCACACAUAGACCCCACCACACAAUAUGAUUAUGGAAACUGGUUGUGAACUACAGUUGAGCUAAACUACCAAAGACAUUUUUAGACCAUGUCAUGAUUCUUUUUCUAGUAAGUUAUAGUCUAAUAUUAAUAUACAUUCAGAAGUGAUAGAACAUUUCCCCACUAUAAGCCUUUUGUAGAUCUCUCGCUUUAAAGGAGAAUGGAAUGAAUGGAAUCUCAAAAUCAGUCCUUCCAGUUUUCUACCAAGAUACUAGAAUCAGGGAAUGCCUGGGUGGCUCAGGCAAUUAUGCAUCCAACUCUUGAUUUUGUCUCAGGUCAUGAUCUCAUGGUUCAUGGGAUUGAGCCUCAGGUUGGGCUCCACACUGAGCAUGGAAAAAUAAACAAACUUUAAAAAACGUUUCAAAAAGGUACUAGAAUUAGAAUAUCUGUAUUGAAACUUGGCAAAUUAGUUUUAAAUUCAUGUAAAUAAAAUUAAUAAAUUUCAAAGGAAAUCUGUAAGAAGACACCAAGGAUUAGUAAUUUUUGACACAUUUUUAACACCUCUCAGACUGCUGGUGGGUUGCACGCAACAUUAUACUCUCUGAACAAACUAAACUGACAAAAUCUGUUUCAUUCUACAGUUAUCCUUGACUACCUUGUCAUUUAAUAUUAAUAAGGGGUAUAUUUAAACCUGGUCUGCAAAAUGUUUUCUUUACCAUCUUUUUAUCUUGUUGUUGAGGCAUCAAUAUGACAUUUGAAAAUUCCCCAGUAUCCUUAUUGUAUUUAAUUAAGGAAUUUAUUUUUGAGAGAGUGCACACAAGUAGGGAACAGAGGGAGAGGGAGAGAAUCAGGCUCCACGUUCAGUGCAGAGCUGACACGGGGUUCGAUCCCACUACCCUGGCAUCAUGGCCUGGGCCCAAAUCAAGAGUCUUGACCCUCAACUAACUGACUGAGCCACCCAACCCCCCACCCAUAUCUUUAUCAAAAUUGCAUUAUUAAAGCAUUUUCUUAAUGUUUAU